AAUGUGCUCUCAUACGCGCCAUGCCGUCACUUCCAGGGUUUCUCGCUUGGACACAACGAGAUGACUGUUGAUGUCGCAUGCAGUCUCUACAAAACGACUCCUCACGGAAUGGUCUAUCCUCCUGUGCAACUACAAGCAUAUAUUAACUUAUUUCAAACGGUGUCAGUAUGAGCGGUUGCGCCACAACCCUCACCGGCGGGAUCGCUGUCGCAACUACCCCAACCAGCACCGCCAUGCCUCCGGGGACGACCAGCUUCGGCAAUGUGUUUGGGAACCUCACCCCUCGAAUCUGCCAAGGCUCGUAUACCUUCCAAUUCUCCGUCUUGGAUCAAGGCCCCUAUGCGCGGUGCACCGUCGGCGUCUUCUACCGGUACGACUCGGCGACUGAAUGGUGGAAGAACGCGAUCCAGUUCAUCCUGCCCCCCGCCACGGCCAGCGAAUGCAACCUCGUCAUCGGCCCGGACGACGAUACCUCCAAAUGGACACUGGGCGCCUGGCAGGAGACGGGAUAUUACUGGCAAAGUCUCAACUACGGCUUGCAACCGCAGACCAAUUCUUCGAUCCCGGUUUGCGUCAAUACUUUACCCUCAGCCACAAACGACCCUUCCCUGACCCCGACGAUGACCACGACGACGACGACGAACGGUCAACCCGACACCCAGGCAUUGCUGCAGAACUCGGGAGUCGUUGUCCCUUGGACCAAGCAGGAGAUAUCCAUCACCAAACCGGUGCUGGUGGGCGGAGUCAUCGGCAUCGCUCUCGGCGGCGCGGCGCUCGCCCUCCUCGGGACUACGCUCUACUGGUUCCUGAAGCGCAAAAGGAAUGAAGGGGAGAGGAAGGUCGGGCCGAACAUCGAGGCGCCAUCAUCUCCUGUGUCACACGCCCCCAAGAUGCAGCGUGGAGGAGAGACGCCUCAUGGAGGGGAUACGGAGGAGGCUCCUGCCGUCACGGGCAUGCACCCGGUGCGGGAUGUUGGUGUCUGUCCUACCCCCGCCGUUGCUCAUCCUUACAGCGAGAAGCAGGCGCAGGGGGAGACAGAGAUGGGAAGUGGUAGAGAAGAUGCAGGUGACGCUGCCCAUUCUGCUUCCGGCAGGCAGGACCCUGAAAUAGAUCCUGAAUUGGAAGAAGCUUCUGCGGAAACGGCUGGGCUUGGCCAGCGGACGUCGUUCGUCCCGCAACCCUCUGCUGCUGAACUCGAGCGCACAUGAUGUUGCUUCAUACCGCCGCCAAUCUUUAAAUAAGAUCUAUCUGCUGUAUCUAUUUUUCUGCACGGUCGCCCUAUGUACCAUAUAGAGACUAG